CGCCAGAGCCGCGCCCCGAUUUUGUAGAACCGCUCGACCAAAGUGACUUCCUGGCAGCACUAGACUCAAGCUGUGCAUCGCCAACCCCAACCGUGCCUCACUCCGGGAAACGGUCUGCCAGGGAAGCUCUACGUCGCUUGCUCAUCCAUCUCAAAGUGCUGCUGCCGUUGGGCUCUGCUGUCAGCCAGACCCGGCCCUCCCUGCCAGCUCUUGCCCUCCCCCCCGUCCGCCCUGCCCUGCUCCGUCAGUCGAGGCUGGUCCUGCCCUGGGUUGCCCAGCAUGGCGCCUUCCACGACUGGCAGCUCCGGUGUCGCUGCGACUGCUGGCAACGGAACCAACAGCCCGCCCGCUCAGCGCCGCCCGCCCGUCAACGUCAAGGGCACCUCCACACACAUUCACAAAAAACCUACCGUUGUGCCAGUCCUUCCCCUUCCUCUAACCAAGCCGCGCCACCGCACCGCGCCCACCGCAUUGCCCUCUCCAUCUCACACUCCUGCAUCUCCCACUGCUGUUGAACGUGCCACAAAGUCGCCGACGUCAGCCUCGCGUGUCCGUUCCCCCACCUCGCCUCUGGCCGUCGAGGUCGACCUGCCCAACCUCGGCGCCCUCGCCAUCGCGCCCAAGACCAACGGUGCCGACGUGACCUCUCCUAAGCAAGACGGCGCCCGCAACGGUAACGGACAUCAACACAAACAACUGUCGGCCGUAGACGCCACCGUGGGUGUGGAGCUCGCCCCAGCCUCGACCCAGCAACAGCAGCUCGCUCCUGCAGGCACGGCUCAAGGCCCACCCACCACAACAACAACCACCCGCGAGCCUCUCGCAACCUAUCGCUCGACAAACGCAAUCCCUCCCCCAUCCAUAACCUCCUCAGCUGCACCCGACAGCUACGCCCUGCCCCAUCCUCCUCGAGGCAAGGAGAAUAUCCCGCCAACGGCGAACGGAUUCACAAUGACGCAGCCUCCGGCUUUCGAGGCGCCGCGCAUUCCCAUGCACCAUCCUCAGCUGAGCCUGAGCGACAGCAGCAUGUUCGGAGCGCACUCAGACUCCAACAACACAUCGCCCGUUCCGCCCGAGACGGGCGGAUAUGAGCGACCGGCGCAUCUGAACAUGCCGCCCUUGCCGCCGCCUCCUCCCAGUGGCUACCCUCCCAGCGGCUACCCUCAAUUCCAGCCCCAUCAUGCCUGCCAGCCCAUUCCAGGCAUUCCUUACUACCCUGCUGUCCAGGGCCCUCCUGGCCAGGGCUAUGUGCUUGCCCCCAGAACACCUCAGAGCUUCCAUGGAUCGCAGGGGUCUAACCCGCCUGAUGUCCCGGUCGGCUUUGAGGAGAACGGCUACCAACAUCGCUCUCAGCCGCCGAUGGCGGCCAACGGCCAUCCUUCUCAGCAGCCCGUGGCGGCCAACGACCACCACUCUCAGCCGCCCGUGACGGCCAACGGUCAUCUCGCCCAGCAUCAGCAGCCGGUAGCGGCCAAUGAUCAUAUUGCUCAGCACCAGCAGCCGAUGGCGACCGGUGACCACCUUCCUCAACAGCCGAUGGCAACAAAAGGCCAUCUCCCUCAACAGCCCAUCCCGGCCAAUGGCCAUCUCCCCCAGCCGCCAAUGACGGCCAAUGGCGCCGGUGUUCAUGCUGAGGUUCACAAUGCCUUCCCGCCCGCCCCCAUGUCGGCGAGGCAGCAUGGUUUCGUGGAUUCGCGAAGCCGCGAGAUAUCCCAGAUGCAUCAGAGGGACGCAUACGAAUACCUUGAGCUCAACUUCAACAACCGUGAGACAGCCGAUGUUCAGGUUGUAGUCACGUUCCGUGGUGGCCCAGAAGGCCGCCCGUGGCGCCGCCCCGUACUGCUAUACGGCCAUCGUCUUAUCCUGGGCUUCAGUCCCUCGCUGAGGGCUCAUCUCCAGGGCAGCCCUCACAUGGGCGGCACCCUGGAACUGGCUUCGGACGACCCGUAUCAGCGCACCGAGGUCCUCUGGAAUUGCCUCGCCAGCAUCUACGGUCGGCCUCUUCCCGAGAUCCCAGAGUCCGAUGCCUUCAUGGCUGCCGCAUACGUCGCUGCCGGCCACUUCCUUCAGCUAGGAGCCAUUUCCAUGAAGGGCGCGGAUGAUCUCAUCCGUCUCGUCGACAGCUGGACCCAACUCGAGAUGGCCUGCGCCGUCGCUCUCGAUGGUGCCAUUCAUCUCUCCCCCGGCCCGCUCCCCCCGUCUCAAUUAACCUCGGAUAUCAUUCUCCGCUACGGCCACGCCUCAGAGAUGCUUCUCGCCGCCAUCGCCGGGUUCGUUAUCGACAUGUUCCCUCACAACUACGUCGUUGACUCCAAGUACCCGCUGCCCCGCUACACUCGGAUCCCGGCCUACCCGGAUGCCUACAGGCGCGACAGGGAGCUCAUGGCAGCCUCGAGUGCCGACGCAGCAACUACGGCUCCAGUCCGCAACGAGAGCCUUCGGUACUCGAACCCACUGCUGAGCCAGAUUAAGUUCGGCGACGUCCCGUUGCCCAACGAUGGUCCCGCCGAUGCUCCUGAGACCCAGCGUCCUCAACCCAAGAAAAAGGCCACUCUGGCGGACCGUCUGGCGGCCUGCGAGACCGACGCAAACCGACUGCUGACGUCAAUCCUGGCCAAUAUGCCUUUCUGUGUCCUCAAGGACAUCCUCGAGAGCAACGGUCUCGGCAAGGGACCCGGCCCAUCUGCUACGUCCUGGCCCACGAUGCAGACCCGUUACAAGAUCAUGUCGCAGAUUAUCGCCGAGCGUGAGAGUCGACGGAUCGACGCCGCCAAGGCCGUCAUGGCUAGUGCUGCUGCGGAUCCGUCGGUCAGGGACAGACUUUCUGGUACUCGCCCACCUCAGAACGGCCCCGUCGACGGAUGGGAAAUCGUGGGCUGGAAAGAGGAGAUUGUCGACGUGGACGAAGCCCCCAAGCUUGUCCGGACUUGGGUGCCCCUCAGUUCUUCGAUCUGAUUCGUCUUCCCUGCUUGUUGUUUCGACGCUAGCGGUACAAAGCUCGGCACCAGAAGCCAGCUUUCAACCACGCUUGCACGUUUUCACGAUUCAACGAUAUCAUGGCAUGGGCUUAUUGUUUCUGUUCCGUCUUUGUUGGUGUCUUUUCUCGAUUCUCACCAAUCACCCCCACUUCCCACCACUUCCCACCGUUUGACCCCACUUGCACCCCUUCCACCCCUCCCUACCAAUUCCCCUUGCCUCGUUUAAAGGCACCGCGUUCUUGUCCCUGUCGUUUUUUCCCCGAUACUCUUGUCAAAGGUAUCUUUCAUGUUAUGAGUUGUCCAGCAUUGCGUUAGGUGUUAGAUUCCGGAGAUUUCAAGGUUGCACAAAAAUUCACAAAAAAAAAAAAAAAGGGCAAGGCGCUCGAAUGCGGUGGUGUCGGCCCUCGAGGCGAGCCACAAAUACUGUUUGUAUUUUCCUCUUUCUCUGGUUGCGAUGGAUUUUCAUAGAGUAACCAGCCGGCGGUGUUAUCAGCAGGCAACAUGCCGCUGAUAGGUCUUGGAACGGUUGUUGUCUUGCCUUUACGACUCGACUGAUACCUAGUACAGCCAUCCCGCCGAGCUCUCUCAUAGGAAUUCUCUCAUAUUGGUCUUGGGCAUGGCAUGGGUCUCGGUACCUUUCUCGUUUUCGUAUUUGGAGGCACAAGGAGGCAAGGCGGGUUUUGUUCUUCUUGGGUGGGCAUUGGCAACGCCCGGCACCGCAAGAAGGGCAUUGCUCGUCUUCUUCCUUCGGAGUUGGCGGGGGGUCGUCAUUUCUGGUCUUUGGGAACGAGGGACUAAAAGGGGGUUGUGUACCUACCUGGAUUGGUUGGUAGAGGCGCGAUGCUUUAAAAACAUUAAAUGAAAUCAAUGGCCAACCCCAAUCUGGUGAUGAAA